CGAGCCGGAGAGGAGGGGAGUAGGUCUGUGAAUUUCAGCCCCCUGGAUGCUAGAGAAGAGAAACGCUGGAGUGCGGGAAGGCUUGAGUGGAUACCUUAAAUCCAUUUAUUAGACAUAGUUGUUUCUUUAUAAAGCGUAACUGAAAGACGUGCUUGUCAUGAUGCGGAACGUUCUGGUUUCCAGGUAAAAAAAUGCUCAUUUAAAGAGUAGUGGGGAACAGGAUAGCCUCAGACUAAAGUAGCGGUAGCGGCUGCUGAGCCGUAUCUGCGACAGCGGCCUGCUCUUAAAUCCGGAGCCGGAACAUUAGCUGCCUUGCGGGGCAGGCCGGUUCUCACGAAACGGAGAGAGACUACCGUCUGCCGCGGAGAAGCCGGUGUGUAGCUGGCCGCGUUGUCGUGUCUGCGCCGUUGGAGUUGAGAUUUGCUGUCGCCUAACUAUGUUAAAGCCAUAAAAUGCGGCCGGGCUGGAGAGGAAGGAAGAUGACGCAUAGUAGUCCCGCUUACAGUUAUAGACUGUGAACUUGUUACCAUACCACCGUGUUUCGUUCUGCCAGCUGUGUUAAGCGGAUACUUCACGGACGGCUAUUCCAGACAAGCGAGUGUCGUUAUCAACAUAAGCGUCUAAAAUGUCUAAAAUGCCGGUGAAAAAGAAGAGCUGUUUUCAGAUCACCAGUGUGACACAGGCUCAGGUGGCCGCCAGCAGCAUGACCGACGACACCGAAAGUCUAGACGAUCCGGACGAAUCGAGGACCGAGGAUGUUUCCUCUGAAAUAUUUGAUGUGUCACGGGCCGAUUUCGAGCCGGAGGUUUGUGACCGGAGCUCAUCUGAAGAAACCCUAAAUAACGUUACGGAGGCUGAGCCCCCCGGCACCACGACAGUACAUAUACCUCAAGAUGGGCAUCUACAGGCAGUAUCUGGUCCUUUGAACGGGGGAUUUGGUUUUAGAAGCACAGCAGUGUCAGGUGUUGCACAUGCCGGUGGACCCCCCAGCCAGCCACCCGCAGCGCCAGUCGGGGUCAUGCAGCAGCCUACCUCUCUUGCGGGGGCGGCUCACAUGACAGCGCCUGUUUCGCAGCCAGCCGCUGUGACCCCUGCCGCUAGUUCGGUAGCUAAUACCAGCAGCUGCAGUUCACGGUUCAGGGUCAUAAAACUCGAUCAUGGAUCAGGGGAGCCCUUCAGGAGGGGUCGGUGGACUUGUACUGAGUUUUAUGAAAGAGAUUCGGAAGUCAUCACCCGGACUGUGGACAGCAUUAGGCAUGGCAAUGCCCUGGAUCACAACGCAGAGAGGGACAGCGGGCUGGGGGCCACCGGAGGCUCGGUGGCAGCACCCGCUCUGCAUUCCACCCAGGGCCCUGACUCUGCCACAGAUAGUUCCUUUGCUGCCCAUCUGCCUCCUGCUGAGCUACAGCAGAAUUUCAGUGUUGGGCACCAGCCCGCUAGUGGGGCGGUAGGGCAUGGCUAUGGCGUCGUCCCUGGCGGCAAGCCGAUAGUGGUCUCGGCUUCCCAGCAGACGCAGGUCUCAGUGACGCCUGUCGCCCCCCCGACCCAUCUCCUGCCCGCACCCAAUGGCAUGCAUGCGAACGUGCAGCAGAAGUCCCCCAGCAUGCCGCCCGUGACGCAGGCCCAGCCGUUUGCUUAUCCAACACAGCCGCAGGCGGGUCACCACCUGCCCCCUCUGAUACCUGCCGGUCAGGCGGAUUACCGGCAACAGCACCUGUCAGCCGUGCAGCCUCCAAGCGCCGCUGCCUCUGUGGCCUCCCUCCCGAUCGGGCCGUCGGUCAACCAGGGCCCAUCCCCGGUCAUGACGCCUGCCUCCGGAGGGGUGUUGGGUCUCAUCGGGCCCGCUGGAGAUUCAGCAGUAGGCUCCGCCGGUGUGUCGCUGCCGGGUGGUCAGUCCGCGCCCACUCAAGGUCACCUAACACAGCAGAGCAUCUUGGGAAGCGGGGUGGCCCAACAGCAGCAGCCCGCUGCAGCUCCACGCCAGUCUUUGGGAGUCGCCAGCAACACAUCCGUUUCCGUGGGUUCCCACGCGGCGGCCCCUAGCCUCCAAAACUUGCCUGCCGCGGUACCUGGCACCUCCAGCACUACCUUGACUAUGCCAAAUCAGGCGGCGCCCCCUCCAGGGCCGUCUCUUCAGAGCCAGUCGCAGGUGGCCCCCAGUGGAACCAUGUCUGGGGCGGCCAUUCAGAACAUCCCUGCCACCUUCGGCCAGGCCCCAGGCAGCCAAGUGGAGGAGAACCGGAGGAAGUCUGAUGCGCUACCUCAGCCUUCUGUCAUCUCUGGAAAAGAUGUCAUGAAGCCUCUGAUCCCAGAAAGCCUACAGUUAACGACACCCUCUGUGAACAGCCUGUUUGGAAUGUCCAUCACCAUUGAUGGAGAUGAAGACAGGAACCCCUCCACAGCUUUCUACCAAGCCUUUCCCCCUAGCAAGUUACGGGACUCUAAGAGCCACGGUCAUAGUGCAUCUGGAGCAAGUAUUGUAGCCAUUGAUAACAAAAUAGAGCAAGCAAUGGAUUUGGUGAAAAGCCAUUUAAUGUAUGCUGUUCGCGAGGAGGUUGAGGUCUUGAAAGAACAGAUAAAAGAGCUCUGUGAGAGAAACUCUGUGCUGGAGAGGGAGAAUGCAGUGUUGAAAUCGCUGGCCAACAAUGAGCAGCUGUCUCAGCUCACAGUCCAGCCGAACAGCCAGUGUAACAGCACUCCUCCACAGCAACUCCCAGUCAGCGCGGCCCCCCCGGAAGCCGUUCAGCCGGUGACCCUCCCCCUGCAGCCUAAUGUCUCCUCAGCGUGAAGUGCAUUUUUAUUACCCACAGACAAAAUGUGGGCGAGGAAAAAAAGUUUAGUCUGCAAUUUAAAAGGAAAAAAAAAAAAGAUUAAAACGCCUGUCUUGUUUGCCAUCGGUCUUCAACCUGUGAAGAGCUUCGGUGUAUAUGCUGUUUGUCCGUCCCAGUAUUAGACAAUCAUUGUGUGAGAGCUUUCUUUUGGCUUGAAACCUCACGCUGGGGCAGGCCUUGUCCAGGGGGUGUUAACUGCAACACGGGAUGAGGGCUGAGCAGAUGGCGACGCGAGGUGACACUGGGCCUGGACCCUAGGGGCCAGUUAUGGGACUGUCCCGAUGGGCUGGAGUGAAUGGUCAUGAUGUGCGGAAGAGCAAUUACCAAGGUCAAGACGAGGAUCCGAGCGAGAUGAGAGCUCCGUUCUACACGGAGGUCAACUUUGAGCCUUUCUGUUUUCUGGAGAGUUGAGAUUUUAGGGGCCACUAUGUUUCAACAUGAAUCCAAUCCAUAAAAUCCAUAGUUCAAUUAUACUCUGUUUUAUUUAUUACUGGGCUGCUAUUUUCAUAAUGUAAAUGAACAAUGUCACAGAACCAUUCUUAAAAAUAUUGGAUUUUGAACAUUUGAUAUGUAAGACAAUUGGUUAUGCAUUGAUAUGGCGGUGUAUUGCAUAAUCUAUUUAAAUAUCUGGGCAAUAAAGUCAAUCCUGGCAUAAUUCUAACACUAAAGGCAAAUAGUUAAGAUCCAGUUUGAGUGUACAUUUUGUAUAGUAUAAAGUAUUAAAAACAUGGCACGUUUGUACAUUAAACACAAGUUCUUGUCACAUAAAAUCUUAAAUGAAUCUUUGGUGAACUAUUUUGAUAAAUACGAAAAAGUUCAUUUCUUUUGCUAGUUUCUUUAUCUAUGGAAUGGAAAGGUAAUCGCCAUACUUCCCCGUCUUGGAAAAAAAGACUUGUGCAUAAGUAAACAACUUGUGCAUAUUAUUCGGGUGGAGGGAAUCAAAAAAAUAAAAAAAAGCUGUGAAAUUGUUCAGCCUACUUUGUAACCAAAGAAGCAAAGCUGUAAAUUCAGUUUUUACUUUGUAAUGCACUUCCUUUAUGUUGCUCUUCUUUUUUUUUUCUUUCUUUUUUUUUUUUUAUUUACUUUUUGUCUUGUUUUUCCUCCCCUCUUUUUGCCGUUUAGCAUGCUCUGCAUGAUCUAUAAUCUUCAAACCAUUUUCUUACCUCAUGUUUUGGUUUAGCACUCUUUAUUGUAACAAAGUAGUCUGUGAACAAUGGAAAUGGAAAGAUGUUAGAGCGAAGAGCUGGCAUCGACGGAGAUCUUGGUGGAGGAGAGUCCUGGUGUUACAAACGCGCUCGAUGGAUAAAAUGAAGUGAGCCAUCUUUUUGUUCAUGUAAAUUGUGUUUUGAAUUUCAUAUGCAGAAAAGUUUUGUUACAUUGCAAAUUUUAAUGUAUUUAAUAAAUGCAACAAUCAGAAUUCCA